GCAAAAUGCUGACGCAGAAGCCGUACAACAUGGGAGCCGCGCCAUUUCUCGGCAAGCCCGUGCGUUGUCGGGCCGCACGUGUUGCCCUACUCGGAUUGCAACUAGCUUUUCUCGGCCAGUGCGCUCAACUUGCUGCGGCGCUGGCUUCGUCGCAGCGGGAGGUUUCGGGGAGUCAGGCUGAUGCCGGAGAGGUCCCCGACCUCAGACACUACUACGAGCACCCGGGACAAAUUCCAUUCCCCGCGGAUAUGUCGGACGACAGCGAUCACCCACUACAACCUACGACGCAGCAGGCCGAGGACCACCACAACUUCACCUCGGGAAACCAGGAGCCACAGCGUCGCUACGCACUUCACCUCGGGACACAACAGGGUCCGUCGUACCAUCAACACUCUAGCGCAAGAACUACCUCGGGGCGCAAUGAACGCGCACCUCUGGUAGUACCGCGUGGGCCUCCUGUCGGGGGAGGAAGCGGCUUUUCUGAAGAAGAUUGGGCCAAUCGCUUUGGAGAGGAGAACCAUGCGAGCAGCAGCCCUACCGCGGCCCCCGUAGGACCAGGACAAGCUGCGCCGUAUUAUUACCCUCCGGCAGCCUUUGCUGCCUCACCGGCCGGAACGAGUCCUUUUCUGCAGCAGCAGC